GGGAGGGAGCGUUCUUGGUGAUCGACUGUGGGACUGGACUGUGUGCGUCACUUUUUUUAAAAAAAACACACAAAAGGUUAAGCACCGGGCAUGAAGAAACAGAGCAGCGACUGUGGCUUUGAGAAGCGACCGGGCAAAGGGGCCAUCGACAGAGAAGGAGACAUGGCUUCCAACGUCUCGGACAAUGACAUGGCUUCCAACGUCGCCCCUCCUCAACCUCACGUCGUCCAGAGUGUGGCCAAGCUCCGGAACAAGAAUCCUUUUGCUCUCAGCGCCCAAUUGAGCAGAAGCCCUCUGAACCCUCUCCUUCCAUCUCCCGCCAGCGUGCAACUCGCUCAGCUUCACGCUCAGCUCACCCUCCACCGGCUCAAGUUGGCUCAGUCGGCCGUCCACAACAACACAGCAGCUGCCAGCGUCCUGAAUCACGUCCUCUCCAAAGUUGCCAUGUCCCAGCCUCUCUUCAACACUUUAAGGACCUCCUCGAUGCUCAGCCCUACUCACGGGCAGCCUGGCGGGGCUCAGAUGACAGUAGGAAUUCCUGGCAAGGCCAUAGGGCCCGGCGGACUCCAGUUUUCUGCUCAGGCUCCCGGUUUGCCUCCCAUGUUAGGAGGAGGCAUGAAUCUGCAAGUGCCGAACCCGGCUUCCAUUGGACUGAACCCCUACGUUGGCCUGGCUCCAGGUCAGCCAGCCACCCAGCCCGGGGAUUUCUCCAGCAAGACCAGCGACCGGGAGUACCGGCCGGCCGACGAGGCGCGGCACAAUCAGGGUUUCCACCAGUACGGGGCGGUGGGCAUCCCGGGCAAAGGCCAGCACUUUGUGCACCCAUCACCACACCCUGGGUUCCAGCCGGAUUUCCAGGUUCCUCCAACCACGACGGGAGGGCAGCAGCCAGGAUGUAGGAUGCCAGGUCCUGGUUUCCCGGGAGACAGGAACACCGGGACCUUCCCUCAGAACCCCGAGGUCCUUCGGCUGAUGGAUUCAGGAGGACAGGGAGUGUGGGCGCCCGAGCAGUGGCACAACUCUGCCCCCUUUGCCCAGCCCAGCGGGGGGCACGAGUACCCAGCUCGCUCCGACAACUGUUGGCCGGCAAAAAGCCGCCCCCUGCCUACCGCCAACGACCUGUACAAUCCCGAGGAGCCCACGGGCGAAGCCAAACUCAACCUCAGGGGUGGUUCGCUCUUCAACAGGUUCCGGAAUUUUCCGGGCCCCCCGUACGGCCAGAGUGACAAUCACUCCCACCUCGUGCCGGAAAGACAGCUCCAGCCUCAUGAGCAUAAUGACUUCCACGGCAUCGUUCCAUCACAGCUGCCCCACAUCUGCUCCAUAUGCGACAAGAAGGUCUUUAACCUGAAGGACUGGGACCAGCAUGUGAAUGGAAAGCAUCACAUCCAAAACUGCCUGCUCUUCUCCGAAAAUUCAGACAUUGGAUCAUCCAGCUUUCCAAGGCCGGCAAAUGGGAGCGUCAACUCUGGUGGACUCAGCACAGGUUCAGAUCUUCCAUCAGACAUCGUUCAAUCUCACCCGACUUGUCCGUCUACAAGGACAUUCCUCCAAUCGGGUACCAGCUUCUCCUCAGUACCCUCUGGGUUAAAGUUUCCACAGAGGAAAUCUGGUCCCAGUCGGGUUGUUCACAUCUGCAACAUCCCUGAAGGAAGCUGUACCGAGAGUGACGUCAUCAAUCUGGGCCUUCCCUUCGGCAAAGUCACCAACUACAUCCUCAUGAGGGCCACAAGUCAGGCCUUCUUGGAGAUGGCUUACCCUGAGGCAGCACAAGCAAUGGUGCAGUUCUACCAGCAGAAGCCCCCGGUCUUCAGCGAGCAACAGCUACUUGUCCGAAUGUCCAAGCAGUACAAGGAGCUGAAGUUAAAGAAACCGGGAAAGAAUGUCGAAUCAAUCAUCAACGACAUUAAUUCGCAAAGGGAGAGGGAAGUAUACAAAGACUUGGACAGAUUUCCAGAAGAACGGACCAGAUCCCGCAGCCCCCUCGCCCGUUCAUCAAGCCCUUGGAUGGAAUCCCACAGCCCAAGUUUCGCUUCCUGCAGUUCCUCCCAGCGUUCCUCGAUCAGCCCCCGCCGGACUAAUCAGAGCCCCAAGGCAACCAGCAGAGGGGAGCGCAACAACGGGACGGAACAAAGAGGGUCAUGGGAAUAUCUCGCUCACACUGGUAGGAGGGAGGAGGAAAAGGAGGACUCGAUAUCAAGGAGUUACGGAGAGGAGAGCAGAGACAGAACUGACAAGUGGGGACAUGACAGGAAACAGCAUUCGAAAUCCAGUGCAAGAUUGAGUCCGAAGUCACUGGAGGAUAGAGGGGACGCAGCCCACAGGCAGAAGGAUAAACAUGUCAAGUCCAGUCCAGUUCCAUUUCAAGCCAAGUACAAGACCCGGAAUGAAGAGGAUUACAGGAAGGAACACAAGCUUAAAUCAACGAGGAGCCAGCAUUCGCCGAGGUCCAAAGGGAAAGAGAGUGAGUUUCCGCUGCGAUCAGGCAACAGGGGAACUUCAACGAGCCAGGAUCAAACUGAGAACAGGAGUGAACACGAUAGCCAUAGAUCCCCAGUUCACGCAAACAGACUGCGUAGAAGCAUUGAAAAGGACGAAGGGAGAGCAUGCGACAGACACAGACAAUUCAAAGGUGAAGGGGGAAUGUCCGGCAGUGAGGCGGAGGAGGAGGCUGGGAACAGGUGCUGUAGCAAAGAGUCCUUCUCAUCGCCUCUCAGCCAAAGAGGAUCACAUGAACUAAUAUUGGAGCAAAACACAAACCAGCAAAGUCCCACGUGGGAAAGUGGAAGUGAGGCGGAGGGAGAAGGAUGGUAUCAAUGCAGGAUGGAAGAGUUCGUAACAGUAGACGAGGUGGGGGGAGAGGAAGAGCACUCGAUGGAAGUAGAGGCUGAGAAAUUGGAGAUCAAGGAGAGUGACUGUGUUGAACCCAACGACAGAAGGAUGCAGAUGAGCCCUGAAGCCUUGGUGACAAAGGACAUGGUCUCUGAUUGGGAAAAAAACAGUGAAGAUCACUGUAGGGUUUCAUCGGAUGGUUCCAGGCCAAUGAGUCCAACUCCAACUAUAGGCAGUGACCGGAUUAGCAUGGAGUCUGUGAGUUACUCCCAAGUCACGUCUGAUUCUAUUAGGAUACAUGCACAGACUCUGAGUACUGAGGCCGAACAACAGGUACAUCCUGAGAUUGACAAAGGGUUGAGUGAUGGUGAAUCCAGUGGACAUUUAGAGACAGCAGAGAGCCAGUGCAAGCACAACGAGGAUUGUGACACUGCACUCAGACUACAUGAACCGGAACACAGUUCAGUGGAAGUGCCCGAAAUACAGGGAACUGACCAAGCAAUGGAUGGAACUAGCCAAGACGUGGUUGAGCUCCACAAAGAUGAGCUCCACAAAGUGCCACCAGAAGCACUGAGUAAAGAAAAUUCAAGUCAACCUAUACUCGAGCUCCCUGGAAAUAAUGAACAAGUCUCUCAACCACAGCAAUCCCCAUUGCCACGAGAACAAGAUAACGUCUUCUGUAACCUUAGUAUCCCUCUUGGUGUAGAAUUUGUGGAGCCGAGAACAGGAUUCUAUUGCAAGCUUUGUGGCAUCUUUUACAUCACUGAGGAGGCAGCAAAGACCAGCCAUUGCAGAAGUACCAUACACUAUAAGAAUCUACAGAGAUACCUUUCCCAGCUCGGAGAAGAUAGUUUGAGGGAAGGGCAAGGAGACAGGAAUCCUGGAAGGGAAGAGGAAGUCGGGAUUGUUCCGCAAUUUGAGAGUAAAAGGUCAAGUCCACCCUGAAACCACCACGCGGAUGGAGAAGAGCCUUCAGAGCAUCUAACACCAGGGAAACCUGUGGAUCCUGAGACGAAUUCUAAAGAAGUGCUCCAGGGGAUUAUGUACCACAUCAGGAAGGACUGAGGAAAGGGUGACAGAGAGCGCCAGGCUACCUACCCUCUGUAGCAGGAGUACAUCAGAACGAUGUGUGAAGAAGCCACACACCAUUCCCUUCACCAGGUCAAACAUAAUUCAGGGACAUUCUACGUUUGCAAUCACCAUUGAGAUUGCGGUUAAACUUGCUUGCUGGUUUGAUGAAAUCAUUUGACUUGGACCAGUCCAGAUGGAUAAUUAAUUAAUUUAUGUCUGGGUAAUGUAUUGCUUAAUUUAAGAGCGGGAUAUGGAUUUUGUUUUCAGUUUGUCGGGCACCUGUACAAUUGUGAAAAGCCGCGAAAAUUCUCACUUGAAAGUACAGUAAUAUAGAGGUGUAACUUUACAGUGUUAGUUGGAAAGUGGUGCUGCAAACAGAGAUGAAUUUAAUAAACAUUUUAUUUGAAGAUUUAA